AGGUAGGCAGUACAACACCAGGGGAAAUGGUAGUGGGUUUUUUUAGCUCAGAAAGAACACUGCUCCCUCCUUCCCUGCCUCUGGCUAGUCUACCACUCUGAUUUGUAAUUAUGAUGUCCUGGGAAGAUAAGUGAGAUGGAGUGGUAAAGACACACACAUUGGAGCUGAGCCUUUCACCCAACUCACCUUGACACAUAUUGGAAAAGAAGUAACAAGUACUGUACUGUAUGUGGUCCGUCUUUACAGAAAUGACGACAUCUUCUGUCAGACAUUUCAUUCAUCAUCCCAAUCUUUCCUCGAUCAAGAACUGUCCUAACACUGUAGUCGCAGUAUACCGGUACACCUCUGUCUAGGAUGAGAAUGCUCUUAGAUACAAAUGGCAAACAUAAAUGAUAAACGAAAGCUGUGUUGUGUUCUCUAAUGCAAAUUGGCAUCAGUCCGUCUUAUUUACUCAGAUUUCAGUUGGCCUAUCUGUUUUCAAAAAUCGUGCGAUUGCUUAUCCAAAUAUAAAGCGCAAUCAUGCGUAGUCGUGCAGGGUUUAACAGAGCGGAGAUUGAAUAUGAUAAGUAGGAAGUCAGGACCAAGGGGCGCAGUAGUGUACUGCACCCCUUGGUCUCCGUAACCGGGUCAUAUCGGUGAUAGAAUCACUUAUAUAUUCAGUUAAAAACGUAGGCGAUUUUAUUUACGGUGAACGUCACAUUUUAUAUUUUCGUUUUAUAUCACCACGCCUCCGUUUCGGAAAAUGCUUCUAACGCCCACCACUACAGCUGAAAUGUUGAUUUAAAACUGUAGUGUAAGAACCCGGGAGUAUCAUGGAGCCACCAGAAUUUUUCCCACCUAUUGAAAACUUGACGGCGGCAGUCGUGCAUCCGUUAUGCGAAGAAUGGAAAGAGCGAACCGAGGGUGGAGUGUUCCAUCUGGCCAGUAUCUUCCUUGUUUUGGGUUAUAUGGGGGGAAGCGGAUUCUAUGGGUUGCUGUACUUAUUUACCUGUCUCACGCUCGGUUUCUUCUGUAACACCAUUUGGUCAUGGUCGGACAGGUGCACCACCGACACCUUUUUGUGGAAUUUUGCUCUCUUUGGGGUAUGUGCGGUUCAACUUGUGCACGUCGCUUAUCGGCUUAGGAACGUUACUUUCGAUAAGGAAUUUCAAGAUCUAUACAGCUCCAUGUUUAAAAAACUCGGGGUGUCACUCAUCCACUUUGGAAAGAUAGUCGCCUGUUGUGAAGGGGACAUCCACAUCAUAGAAGAAGAUCACUGUUUUGCCAUGGAGGGCAAGACUGCAAUUGAUAAGUUGUCUGUGCUUCUGUCUGGCAGAAUUCGUGUGACAGUAAAUGGGGAGUUUUUACAUUACAUCUACCCUUUCCAGUUCAUCGAUUCUCCUGAAUGGGACUCUCUCCGUCCUUCAGAGGAGGGAGUUUUCCAGGUGACCCUGCGUGCAGAUAAUUGUUGUAGGUACGUUUCUUGGAGACGUAAGAAACUGUACCUGCUCUUCGCCAAGCACCGCUACAUCGCUAAAGUAUUUGCGCUUGUGGUGAGGAAUGACAUCGCGGACAAGCUGUAUUCACUCAACGACAAGGCGUUCGACAGCCGCGGUUUCCGAUAUGAUCUCCGGUUACCCACCUACUGUCACAUGCCCCCGAUGCCUGAAUUGGAGCGGACAGAUGGGUUCAAACGAGUUCCCGGACAGUAUGGCCAGAGUCACCGUGACUCAUGACUGGACCAGAAUAUUUAAUUGUGUACAUUUAUCACUACUUAAUGUCUGUUCAUUAUCCUCAAGUGCAUGUGUAGGCAAUGGUUAGCACACUCAGUGUAAUUGAUACUCACAAUGUAAUGUUCCUGUCCCCAUUUUGAAAAUAGAUUUUUGUGUUAGUUUAGGGUAAUUUGGUUAGGGUGAGAAUUACAUUACCUAAGAGAGAAAUAAUGGAUUAUCUGCUUCAAACAGAAGUUACAUCUUAAACAUUACUUCUGUUUAUGUUUAAUUAUCAAUGCUCUUUAUUACCUGUCUGAUAACGGAGACUGUAGGUCAUUGGUUCCCAACCAGGGGUACUAUGACCCCUGGGGGUACUUGGCCUCUCCACAGGGGGUACUUGAAAACACUCAUGAC